AUGUCGUUGACAGAGCUCAACCUCGACGACCCAAAGGUCAAGCAACACGCACUGGCCGGUCUCGCCGCGACCAUCCCCGUCGUCCCCUUCAAAGGUGUCGAGUUUUAUGACAUCGGGGGUCUACUGGCUAAUCCAGAGAAGCUGCAGCUAACCUUUGAGCUCUUCGUGCACGCCCUGACGCCCCUAAUGGACCACGUGGACGCUAUUGGAUGCAUGGACGCGCGCGGCUUCCUCUUUGCCCCGUAUCUAGGCGUGCACUUUCACAAGCCCGUUUUUAUGCUGCGCAAACCCGACAAGAUGCCGAGUGUGGGCCAUACUGUCGAGUAUGUCAAGGAGUACAAGGGCAACAGUAGCGGAGGCGGUGAUCAUUUGAGUAUCCAGACGUACGCCGUCAAGAAGGGCGACCGAGUGCUGCUUGUUGACGACCUUCUGGCAACGGGCGGCACCUGCGAAGCUGCAAUCCGCCUUGUCCAACAAGCAGGUGCCUCGGUCACAGCAUGCACGUUUGUGGUGGAGAUCAGUGGGCUAAACGGUCGAGGCCGUGCUAGCAAGACGAGCACGAACGAGCACAUCCAACUCAUCUCGCUGCUUACGGAGAAGGACUUUUAA